AUGGAUAUGGAGAGAGUUCCCACUGAGAACAUUGAUCGGAGGAAUGGAGGCUGUGGAGUAAUCCUUGAGAGCAAGCUGUAUGUGUGGGGAGGCAAUGGUUCCGACAUCCACUACCCCUUCAGGGAUAUGCAGCCCGUGCAGGACAGUGACUCUAGCUCAAACUCUGAUAGUAACGACUCGGAAGAAGAAGAAGACAUUGAUCCUAACUUUGAGGUCAAAACGAUUGUCACCCUCCCUCGUCCAAACGAUGAGAAUCAUCCUUUUGAUGUUUUAGACCUCUCCACAAACGAGUGGUUUCGGCAGUCUACCAGCGGAGAGUACCCCACCCUUGGCCUUGGCUCCUCUCUUAGCGUCCACCACCCCUCACGCACCAUCAUCCUGUUCAGUGGGUUCAAAGAUGUUCAAUUUGACAACGAGGUAUACAAAGUGUCUCCUGACAGAGAGUGGGUGUGGGAGAAAGUGGAGGUGAUGUCUGAAGUAAAGCCAAGCGAGCGUUACCUGACUGGAGUGAUCAUCCACAAGGAUCGAAUGUAUGUGUUUGGAGGAGUAGGGAAGGCCAUUCGUGAGAUAGGGGAUCCCCCGCAACCUCAGGACCCAGGGGCCAAGUAUCUCGUCUACGUGGAGGAUGGAGUUGAACGUGACUAUGGAUGGACCAGCGAAUACCUGGAGUUCAACAUUAACACAAGUGAAUGGGAGGCCCCAUUGGACAAAGAUGCAUUCCGACCUGAUCAGCUAGGAUCUCAUGCAUUCUCCAAGUUUGACAGUCAUCGAGCUGUCCUGUUUGGGGGCAAUGGCUCACUUGUGUACUCCAACACAUGCUACAUCUUUGACUUUGAUACCACGGAAUGGAGUGGUCCAUACAACCCAGACGACCCAGAGGAGCCGUGGCCAAUAGCCACCCGGUUCUCCACCCUCACGUCCCUCGUUGAUCCCGAAAGGGUGUUGCAGGAGAUGUACGAGGGGUGUGGUCAAAUCCUACAGCCGAGGAUGGUACUUCUCUGGGGCAAGAGUAGCAGAAUGCACAUCUCACCAGAGACCUGGCUACUCGAGUUUAACUUUGACAACCCCAAAAAUCCCUUAGUCUGGAAAAAGCUGAGGAUUGGUGUGGAGCCUCGCUCGUGGCACAUCGCUAGGGCAAUCUACUCAGACACGACUACCAGCUGUGAGGUUGUCGUCUUUGGAGGGAAUAUGUACAAGUACCCUAACACUGACAGCUUGGAAAGGAACAACGCAGCCAACCUCAAAAUACUCCACUUUGGUCUGGCUAGUCUAGUGGAUAUAUGCCUGCGUGUCAUAGUGAGCAGAGAGGAGCUGAUGAACGUGGCCGAGGGAAGCUACGGGUCUGGCUACAAGGCCAAACUCAUUAGAGCACAUUCAAGACACGCCAACUGUCCCCUCAUUACAGACAUCACUCAUUUGUAGUAACAGUAUGAUCAA